UUUUAGUAAUAACGCUGCUAUGUUUCUGAGCCUAAUCAAGCGAGAUCAGGGCAUUUUAACUGACGUGGCAGAGCAUCAUCGUGUGGGCGUGGUCUAGUAUUGUCAACAUCCUGGUGACAUAACCAGUUUCUCCAAAAUGGCGACGGUGGACCAUAGAGAAGCAGAUCAGGAAGACCCUGAGAGUGAAGAUGAGGUGUACGAGGUCGUGGACCUGACAGAAUAUGCCCGGAGGCACCAGUGGUGGAGCAGGGUGUUCGGGAGCAACUCGGGCCCGAUCGCCGAGAAGUAUUCCGUGGCCACCCAGCUCAUGAUGGGAGGUGUGUCUGGAUGGUGUGCUGGUUACCUCUUCCAAAGAGUUGGGAAGAUAGCUGCUACUGCUGUUGGAGGAGGGUUCCUUCUUUUACAGAUUGCCAAUCAUAGCGGCUACGUACAGGUGGACUGGAAGAAGGUGGAGAAGGAUGUGAACAAAGCAAAGAAACACCUGAAGAAGAAAGCGAACAAAGCAGCCCCUGAAAUAAACACAUUCAUUGAGGAGGUAAAGGCCACAGAUUUUAUCAAAAGGAACAUCGUAAUGUCCAGCGGGUUUGUCGGAGGCUUCUUCCUGGGUUUGGCUUCUUAAAGCUGCCGCACACUCUGCAGCUCUCCUCCUCUUACUGUGAAUCAGUACUCUACAUAGGUCACUUUCCUCUCCAUCGUUUACCUCAUGGCUCCAUGUGUGCAUCGAUUCACGCUUAAAUGAACCGAACAAGGGGGAAUUUAUGUUGAACAUUAAAGCAUGAUCUGUCGUGACGGUGGUAUUAACUGUAUAACUAGCCCCCUUGUUUUAAAUCAAUUUGUGCUAAUUUCCUUUUGAGAACACAGAGUGUCUGAGGUGUGUGCGCGAAUGUGUGUGUGUGUGUGUGAUGGCUCAGUGGGGAGUUUGGAUUAUACUGUGAAGACUUUUUUUUUUUUUCUUCUUCUGUGGGAUCUUUGCCACACUGCUGAAUAUGUCAAGCUGCCACAAACGAGCACAGACUCCUCACUGCUUUUUGCAACACAGAUCUGAGCCUAUAUCGUCCAUCCCCUCAUGUAUUUGCCUGGCGGAUGCUGAUCUCAGAUUCUUAUAUGUUGGCAUGUGUGGGGGGGGGGCAUUGUAAAUAUAUUGCCUGUCCCUUUUUCGGAGCUGUAAAUACCCACACAAGAGUAAACAUUAUAUAAAUGACACGGAAGGCGUGAGAGUGGGAAGCUAACACCCUCCUCCAGUCUGGUGCUUAUGGAGGUAUUUUUUUAUGUAGCUGUGAAGUUUGGCGAGCUUAUGUGCCAUUUAAAACACGUAAAGCAGUCCAGUUUUUAAAGUUGAUCACACCGGCUGAGGGUUUAAAUAAAGUUGUGUUCCCUACUCCGAGCAGGCGUUAUUGAUAUACAACACAUAUCAUGAGCAUAAUUCACAACUUAAUGUUACAUUAUGUGAAUAUUCCCCCUUCUGCCCCCCAAGAAAAGAGUAUUAGAUACAAAUGCUUUAUUCCCACAAUCUUCAGCUCCACAAUGGCCUUUAACGACAGGACGAGCCUCUGCUAUAACCCUAAUUACCACCAUCAUCGAGCUAGAUGCCUAAAGAUACACCAGUCCUGUCAUUAGGGAGCAUAAUGGAGCAGUGAUUGUGACUCUUUACGCCCUCGCUAUUGUUGUCGUGCAUUUAGUGGUGUCGGCUUAGCAAUAACAUAACAGCGAGUCCACUUAAGUUGAUCACAAGUUGCUUACUUUGUCUUUUUUUUUUUUUUUUUUUUUGCCUUUUUCGCCUUUUUUCUACCUGUGCAAUAUACAGUCAUGUCUUUUGGUUUUUGAAAAGCUUCUCAUGUCUACAGCUGGUAUUUUGUACACUCGUGUUCCCUCCUUGUUUCUACUGAACAUUAUUUCGUUACCUCAGUUGUAUGAAUUUGGUUGGGUUGUCCGUUUUAAAAAUAAAGUUGCCAGAUUUUGUUUUGGAUAACGAGAA